AUGGGAACCCAGAGCUCGUGGGGCCCCUUGCGGGUGCUGUGGGUGGCGCUCCUCUUGACAACGCUUCGCCCCAACGCUUCGCCCCAACGCUUCGCCCCAACGCUUCGCCCCAACGCUUCGCCCCAACGCUUCGCUCCAACGCUUCGCCCCAACGCUUUGGUCCACCUCCAACGCUUCGCUCCACCGCUUCGCCCCAACGCUUCGCUCCAACGCUUCGCCCCACCUCCAACGCUUCGCUCCACCUCCAACGCUUCGCCCCACCUCCAACGCUUCGCUCCACCGCCAACGCUUCGCCCCAAUGCUUCGCUCCACCUCCAACGCUUCAACCCAACGCUUCGCCCCAACCCUUCGCUUCACCUCCAGCUUUUUGCUCCACCUCCAACGCUUCGCUCCACCUCCAAUGCUUCGCCCCAACGCUUCGCCCCAACGCUUCGCUCCACCUCCAACGCUUUGCCCUCCCUCCAACGCUUCGCUCCACCUCCAAUGCUUCGCCCCAACACUUUUGCCCCAACGCUUCGCUCCACCUCCAACGCUUCGCCCCAACGCUUCGCCCCAACGCUUCGCUCCACCUCCAACGCUUUGCCCUCCCUCCAACGCUUCGUUCCACCUCCAAUGCUUCGCCCCAAAGCUUCGCCCCAACGCCUUCGCCCCAAUGUUUCGCUCCACCUCCAACGCUUUCGCCCCAACGCUUUCGCCCCAACGCUUCGCUCCACCUCCAACGCUUCGCCCCAACGCUUCGCUCCACCUCCAACGCUUCGCCCCAACGCUUCGCUCCACCUCCAACGCUUCGCCCCAACACUUCACUCCACCUCCAACGCUUCGCCCCAACACUUCACUCCACCUCCAACGCUUCGCUCCACCUCCAACGCUUCGCCCCAACACUUCACUCCACCUCCAACGCUUCGCUCCACCUCCAACGCUUCGCCCCAACACUUCACUCCACCUCCAACGCUUCGCUCCACCUCCAACGCUUCGCCCCAACACUUCACUCCACCUCCAACGCUUCGCUCCACCUCCAACGCUUCGCCCCAACACUUCACUCCACCUCCAACGCUUCGCUCCACCUCCAACGCUUCGCCCCAACACUUCACUCCACCUCCAACGCUUCGCUCCACCUCCAACGCUUCGCCCCAACACUUCACUCCACCUCCAACGCUUCGCUCCACCUCCAACGCUUCGCCCCAACACUUCACUCCACCUCCAACGCUUCGCUCCACCUCCAACGCUUCGCCCCAACACUUCACUCCACCUCCAACGCUUCGCUCCACCUCCAACGCUUCGCCCCAACACUUCACUCCACCUCCAACGCUUCGCUCCACCUCCAACGCUUCGCCCCAACACUUCACUCCACCUCCAACGCUUCGCUCCACCUCCAACGCUUCGCUCCACCUCCAACGCUUCGCCCCAACACUUCACUCCACCUCCAACGCUUCUCUUUAA